AUGCUUCCAGGAAACAGAAUAAGAAUUCAAUCAAGUGGAGCUAAAAAUAGGAACAAAAAAGCAAGACAAGAUGAAGUGAUCAAAUCUCAAGCCAAUGCUAUGCUUAAGUAUGUCACAAUAACUAAAAGUUCUAAACCUGAUGAAACCUCUGAAGCUGAAGAGGAAAAAGAAGAUGAAGAGUUUAUUAUUGAAGAAGAUGUUCAUGAGAAGAGUGAAGAAGAAAUUGCUAGAGAUGAUGCAGAUUGUAUGAAUGUGGACAAAAAACAAUCUGAGAAUGAAAACAUAGAAUCCCAAGAGAAAGUUGAUGAUAUUAGAAGCUUCCAUGAAGAUGUUGAUAUGGAUGAUCUUGGAAAUUGGAAGAAAAUUGAACAAAGAAUGAGAGAUUAUUUGGUUGAGAGAGGUCCACCUACAAGACCUCCAGUUGAUUAUCCUUUUCCAAGAGAUGGUAUUGAAAGAUGUUUCACUUAUUCAUGUUAUACAAGAAGGAUGAGCAAUGGAGAGAAACAAGACAGGAGAUGGCUGAAAAAUCAUGAAACUACUUACAACCAUAUUGUUUGCAUGAGCCGCUGGAUUGAGCUCGAAAUGAGGCUGAAAAAGAGUGAAACUAUUGAUAAGCAUUUGGAGGAGGCAAUUAACAUGGAGAAGAAACAUUGGAGAGAUGUUAUGUUGAGGAUAAUUGCAGGGGUAAAGACUCUAGCAGUAAGAAAUAUAGCCUUUCGUGGAAACAACGAAAAGGGCAGGGAUCCAAACAGUGGAAACUUCUUGGCUUUUAUUAAGAUGAUUGGAGGCUUUGAUGAAGUAAUGAAGGAGCACAUUCGAUGGGUUGACAAAUGUGAAACUCAGUACCAUUAUCUUAGUCAUAAGAUUCAGAAUGAGUUGAUAGAAUUACUUGCUAAUGAGAUUAAGAUGUUAAAUAUUGGUGAUGUAAAAGGACAAGGUUACGACAACGGGUCUAAUAUGAAAGGAAAGCAUAAGGGUGUUCAGAAAAGAUUGCUGGAUAUUAAUCCAAGGGCAUUUUACACUCCAUGUGGGUGUCAUAGUCUCAAUCUUGCUCUUUGUGACAUGGCUUCUUCAACUGAGAAAGCAGUUUCAUUUUUUGGCACCGUGCAACGUUUAUACAAUCUGUUUUCAUCAACCAACAACUGGGAAGUUUACAGAGAGAUGGUGAAAGAGAACAGUGGUAAUCUUGGACAUCGUAGUGAAGCUGAGUGUCUUGCAGAAAUGAGCAAAUCUUUACAAUCAGAGGAUAUGGAUCUUGAGGCUGCUAUUAUCCAGUUAGGAGGGCUUGUUGGUUCCUUGAAAGGCUACAGAGAAACUGGUAUUGAGAAAGCAAAAGCUGAAGCUAUGCAAAUUGCCAUUGACAUGGAGAUCGAACCAGCAUUUUCUUCAAAGCCAAAGCGGAGGAAACGCAUCAGAGGAGGUGAGAGCUACUACAUCUAUGGAGAGUUGGGUCAUUUUGCAAGAGAAUGA